AUGUCAUCAUUCGCGAAGUCCAAGUUGAAGGCAGCGAGAGAUGCUAUUGGCAGAAAACAGUACGAACAAGCGCGUCAAGCUGCGGCACAGGUUCUUGAGUACGAGCCUGAUAACUAUACCGCCCAUGUGUUUCUUGGUCUUGCUCUCUUGGAACUUGGCCAGCACGAGAAAAGCGAGCAAUUUUAUCGAAAGGCCAUAGAGCUCAAGGAUGAUCAAGUACUUGCAUGGCAGGGUAUCGCAAAGCUUUACGAACAAACUCACAGGUGGGACGAUUUGGCGGAUACUCUGGAACACAUAAUGCAGAUAUUCGCGAAAAAUGACGACGCCACGAAGUGUGCAGAGACCCUUCAAAAGUUCAUGGAUAUUCGCCGGCAACAUGGGACACGCCGUGAAACUCUUCUUUGUACCCGGUUCUUUCAUCGCUUCCUCCACCCGAUGCUACGAAUCCCACCUCGACCACAAUUUUUCCUACUCAAUCGGCAAUCUACAACUCAACUCACUGUCUAUGAGGAGCUUAUAUCGCUGACAGAAAGAGAAGAAGAGAUGUUCAUCAAGUCUGAGUUUGACAAGCGGCGCACUCGCCUUGGAGGUCCUAAGCCUGAGCAACUCAAGAAAGAUAUUGGCAUCGAGGUUUGGCACUCAUCUAAGCCUUAUACAAUGAUAUUCUUAAUCACCCCAGUACCUCGGACGAAACUGCGGCGCGCCACAGAAUCGAAACUCAUUCGAUAUAAGCAACAAUUGUUCCUGGCACUCCCCUCUACUGACCCAGAGAAACGUCAGCUUGGCAUGCAGCUGGAUGAGAUGGUUCACGGUAUUGUGACGAUUGGCAUUCCGGAUGAGUUUGCUUGGUGCAUGUGGUUUGAAGGAAGAGAUUCUGAUACAGUUGAGGGUCUUGGUCUUGCGUAUCUCAAGCAGUUCAUAGAACUCUUCCCGACAAGUACAUUAGCGCGGAUGUUGACAGGAUACUUUGCAUACUGCAAGGCUACCUAUGGCGACGAAGGAUCUACAGAAGAACUGACCUUUACGGAUGCCUUCUCAGUACUCUCGGACUCAUUGCUAGCGAACAUGAUCACAGCUCGAGUCCAUUUACAGGAACUCGAAUACCCAGAUGCCAUCAAAGUCGCUGAAAGUGGACUAGAAUUGAUACGCAGGUAUGAGUCAAACACAGCCCGUGAACUCCGAGAAGUGCGUAAAGCCUUUUACAUUAUUCUGGCCACAUCCUUCGUCCAUCUAUUUCCCCCCAAGCACCACCCUCGCGCUCUUUAUUUCUUAAAUGAUGUCCUGAAGCAAGAUCCCACCAAUGUGGACGGAUUGAUGGGGAAGGGGUAUAUUUUUCAAUACGCUGAAAAAUGGGAGGAGGCGGAGGUGCUAUUUGCGCAAGCGGCAAAUCAGCUUCCUGAUGAUAUGGACAAAGGCGUGGAAGCAAAAGAGGAAAGUGCGUGGUGCCUUAGUCGGAUGCAUGCGGAUGCUGGCGUAGAUGCUUUGAAAGCGGUCUUUGAGACCUUGAACGAUAUCGAGGAUCGUGACAUUGAUAAAGCUCGAUGCCUAUGGCGGAUUGGGAGAUGCUACUGGGAUCUGGGAGGAGAGUCCCGCGAGGAAGCAUUCAAAUACUUCAUCACAUCGCUCAAACACAAUCGCGAGUAUGCACCGGCAUACACUUCGCUAGGUGUAUAUUACUCAGAACACGCGUCACCGCCAGACCCUACGCGAGCUUCGAAAGGCGCAAGGCGCCUUGCGGAAGGCUUUGCUGACGAGCGUGAAUGGGAUCUGGUCGAGGUGGUGGCUCGGCGUACUAUAGACGGUGAGGGCGGGAUGGGCGCGGGUAUGGAAGAAGGAGAUGGCGCAGCUUCGGGAAAGUAUCUUCCGACAAACACGUGGGCAUGGAAGGCUCUUGGUGUUGUGGAACUGACAAAGAGGAACUACGCAGAAUCCAUCAAGGCUUUUCAAGUGGCACUCCGAGCGGACGUCAAUGACCAACUCUCAUGGCUGAGACUUGGUGAAGCCUACAGUAAAGCUGGUCGUCAUGUCGCUGCCCUUAGGGCACUUGGUCGAGCUCACGAGCUUCGACCGGACGAUUGGAUGUGUACAUACUUUAUAGGGGAAGUUCAACGACAAACGGGAAGGCUUGCAGAGGCUCUUACCUCUUUCCAGUCUAUACUGGACGUUCGUCCCGCUGAAGCCGGUGUCCUCUUAUCUGUUGCGCAGACCCAUCUCGACUUAGCCCGACAUGAGCGGCUUACCGGCUUCGUUGCUCGAGCUGAGCAGUCUUUUAUCUCUUGUGUCGACGUUAUGUUAGUCGCCAUCCGGGAAAGCCCGGGAUACCGUGGAGUCGCCUGGAAAAUCGCCGCUGAUGCCCUGUUUGAGUUGUCGGUAAUCAGUGUCUUCGCGGAUGAAAAUAACGUCCGUGCAGCCGUGACUAUGGUCUCCGAACUCAUACAGGACCAAAGUAGUGCUCGGCUGGCUGGCCUAUUCAAAUUCACAGCUCUCUCUCCAGACAACCCCGUUACCGGGCUCAACGCACUCGAAGCUGCUGUCGCUGCCUACGAUUAUCGCAUCACAGUGGGCUCUUCUGACGAAGCCGCUCUCCCAAGCUCGUUGUACGACCUUGCUGUAGCCCUGCACGAGUGGAUUUUGAAACAGCCUUCUGGUACCACACGGCAAGUAUCGGAGGCAGCAAACUCAUUUUUGAUUCAAGCCCUGCAAAAGGAGCCUGGAAAUGUCAGGUUCUGGGUCGCAUUAGGUGAUCUCCACUUUGCCCAGAAGCCAAAGCUGUCGCAGCAUGCAUAUAUCAAGGCGAUCGAAGUUGACAACAAGAACGUGGUGGCGUGGACCAAGAUUGGUCUCCUAUACUUAUAUCAUAACGACAUCGACUUGGCUACCCAAGCAUUUACGAAGGCACAAACUCUUGAUCCGGAUCAUACCCUGGCUUGGAUCGGCCAAGCAUUAAUUGCAACAGCAAACGGCCACGAAGCAGAUGCUCGUACAUUACUCGAGCAUGCAGUGAGCAUGACAGCAGACGUGCCUAUGGCAGACCUGCAAUUUGCCUUGCGCGUUCUUGCUGCAGUAAAUGAUUCGAAUUCAGUCGGUGCACCCACUACAGAUCGUCUUUUACCUGCCUUCUUCGUCCUCGGACGAUAUUUCCAGCGCUGCCCGGCUGAUGCCUGCGGCCUCCAUGUCUUCGGCCUGAUUUGCGAACACCUUGGAAAACUUGAACAGGGUGUGGAAUACAUAAAUCGUGCAAUUACUCUCCUAGAAGCAGCAUACGAGGAGAAAGAGGAUCCCAUAGUCGAACGGCAGUUUGUCAUCGCACACACCAACAUCGCACGGCUCCGUUUUGGAUUGCAGGACUAUGAAGGAUCGUUGGAAUCUUUCGAGAACGCUCUAGGUCUACUUCCCGAAGAUGCAGAGCGGGAGUCACAGAUUCUACGUGUGCAAGCUCAAUACGGGUCUGGGUUAGCGUCUUUCAAGAUGGGUGAUCUCCAAGCUGCCAUGGCGGCAUUCCGAGCUGCUUUGGAAAGCGCCGCUGACGAUCGCGUUCUUCGAGGCCAGGUUACUGUUCUGCUGGCACAGACAAUGUGGGCGAUCAGGACGCCCGAGUUCCGUGAGUCUGCGACAGGCUUGUUACUUGAUUGCAUCACCUCCGAUCCAGAAAAUUUGAUGGCGAUCAACACUCUAGCUGGAAUGGGGAUACUCACUGAAGACGAUGGGCUAGUUGAUGCUGCACUUUCCGAAAUUCUGUCACUCCCUGUCGAACAGAGACAUGAGCUCGAUCCUCGAAGAGACGUGACGUAUCUCCUCGUGCAACAUUAUCUUGGGCUGGGUGACUACGACAGAGCAACUAAAUUUGCCCAAAAAGCUCUCCAUGUCGAGCCUUCGAAUUUGCAGAUGAGGCGAGAAGUCGCAUCUUUAUUGCUCAAGCAGGGAGAAAGAGAGGCUGCAUCGGCCAUCCUAGCAUCGGUAGCGCAGAAUCAAAACAUUUCAGAAGAAAAGACCACCCUCGCAUUAUCAGCUCUCGCGCAACCCAUACAGUCUCAAAGAAGUGCACAAAAAGCCAUUAUGCUGGAACCCGGUCAAUUGCGAAAUUGGCAGACUUUGGCUUAUGUUCGAGCGCAAGAAGCGCUGUGA